UUAUCUCUCUUCGCAGAAACCUCUCUCUCUCUCUCUCUCUCUCUCUCUCUCUCUCUCUCAGAUUCCGAUGCCACAGGUCGAUUUUGACCAUAAGAUCAUCUGCGAAACAACCCUGAAUGACGACGGCCAUGAGAGACCAGAUAUCCCGGAUCCACCGCCUGAUAUUCCUGUUGAUUCAUUUCGACUCCCAAUCGAAGACGAGCUCGAUUGGGUUGACAGAAACGCAUACUACGAACGGAAACAAUCAACCAAAGGGAAUUCAAAUUCUGGUAAUCUCAAGCCAAUACCAAUCAAUUUGAAAUCAAAAGCAUCAUCCAUCAUCGGACUCCCAAAGCGCCCUGAUUCCUGUCAACUCUCUCACACCACGCGCCGUAACUGCCAGCCUACCACCGUCCGUUUCUUCCCGAGAUCGGUACCAAAACCAACCCCGCCGGAGAGUGAGCCUGCAUCUCCAAAGGUCUCCUGCAUUGGGCGGAUCCGUCCAAAAGAUAAUAAGAGAAACGCCGCUUCCGUGAAACCCCCGCCGCGAAGGUUCGGUUUCUGGGCUAGUUUUCUGACAGUCAUCCGUUGCCAUGGAAAGCCGCAGGAUCGAGAGGAUGAAAAUUCUUCUUCUAAGAAUAACAAGAAUAUUCCGGCAGGGUUAGUUCAGGUACAAGCAACCGUCCAGGCGCCGGGUUUGGUGGGGUUGAAGAAUUUUGCGUCGGGUCGACGAUCGUCGUCCUGGGGCGGCGAUGCUGAGCUGGAAUUGGAAAUGGACUUACAAGUGGCUGAACCUCAUUCGUCUGACAAGGAUACGGUCGGGAGACGCCGCGCAGUGGGCCCGCCCCAGCCCGUUGAAUGCGCCCGGGAUUGGGAGUGUUCGGGGCCCGCCUCAGUAUGAGACAGCUGUAGUGCGCUGACGUCGUAGAGGAGGCGCCUCUUCUCAUCUCCUGUUUGUUCUGUCCCCGCUAUUAUUUUUUUGAGUGUUUUAUUUUUAAUUUUUUUAAUACCUAUUGCACGCUUCUCUUUUCCUGUAGAUGAAAUAACCCGCUUCCUUUCUGCUAUUUACAAACAACUCCUAUUUAUUUUUAUUUGGUCAAAUAAAAUCACGCUGAUGACCCUUGCUAAAUUUAA